AUGAAGCACCGUCGGCUACUGUCCAGCAGUGCUGUAUUCUUAUUACUAUUGUUUCUCUGUGCAUCAGAUGUCUGUGUUCGGUCUGCACGAGCAGAGGAGAAUCACGAUGCUGCGAAUGUUCAUGAUCACAGGAAUCAUGAUUCCGGAAGAAGCGAACGAAGCUUGCGCCCUAGCUCUGCAGAACCAUCGAACGAAGUUGAAGAACUGGUCGCUGCCGAAGCCCGAAAUAGGAAACGCAACCCAAAUUCUGAAAGUCGAGAGCCGGUCUUUGUGAACGCGGACAGAGCAGCUGAAGGAAAAGAAAAAAAUGAGAAUUCUGUAAUUGAAGCGGUUUUCCCUGGCGGAUACAGUGUGCCAACCGUAGCAUCCGAAGAACAGGGCACAUCCAGGGACUAUCCUACAGGUGAUAACGACAAUGGGAAUGAUCGCUACCGAGUACCACUGGAAAGCAUUGUGGUUGUUGGUGACGAUGCUGACAACGGGGAUGAGGAAGGCGAUUUCGGGGAUAUUGGAUAUGAUGGCGCCGAUGAGGGCGACAUCGAAGCAGGGGGUAAUGGCGGUGCUGUUGAAGAAGAAAAUGAAAAGUCUAACGAUGUGGGGAUUGUCCGUAUUGGACCGGUGAAAUUUCAUGACGAUUAUACGAUAGAAGACAAGCCGCAUGAAGUACCCCGAGAAUUAAAGAAACCAGAUGGACCACAUGAGAGGGAAUGGACUGACGAUUUUGAUAAUAAGCGCCAAAAAGACAAUAUCUUGCCCGAUGAAACAGAGUUGGAAAUGAGAAUUUCGGAUGAUCCGAAUGAUGCUGCAGUCGCAUGCGACGACGAUACUGUAAGUUAUAUCACUGAGAGAGAUGGAUGUAUAGUAAAAUUCAGGAAUUAG